AUGGACACUGCAUGCACCAGCUGCAAGAAAUCGCCUCCCGAGGUCAGUCUCAAGCGCUGUGCAAAAUGUUCCACAACCCCCUACUGCUCCAAGGACUGUCAAAAGGCAGACUGGAAGUCCCAUAAGAAGACUUGUGGCAGACGGGCCAAUCUAUCGCCCCCGAAAGGAUUGGAACGAGGUGUCGCCUGCCCAUUUACUCGCCUCGAUAAUGGCACCUGGCUCCAUGACCGACCGGAGAAGGAUGUCUACAGACUGCUCAUCGAUGCUUACCGCUUACACGUCGCGGACAUGUACAAUCUCGAAGGCGAGGUCGACGACGACAGCCUCUACAGCGGCGCAUCCGAUGGACUGCGCGGCUUCCAGCGCUUCCUGGGGCGCGUCGCGUCGCGUCCCGGUCUGCUACCACCGUGGUGGGAUGCUUCCAAGAAGAGGGACUGCGAGGCAUUUGGCAUGACUCCGGAGCAGGGGAACGCCCGGGCAUACCUGGCAUGCGCGGUGGAAAAGAGCGACAUAACUGAAAAGUACGGCGACCCCCAAUUCCCCAUGCAGCUCCGCAUGCUUGCCGAGGCAGUGUAUGGUCGAGCUCCGGGCGGCUCAGACGGGACGGCAAUGAGGAAGUUGAUGGUCGCAAUGGAACAGGGUCAAUCAGGGGACGUACACACCACCCAUAUGGACGUGUCAGGCAUGUCCGGUCGCUAG